AUGACAGCAACCCCCCCCGAGGCAAAUGAAGGCCCGAAAGAACCCCCUGUCAGACAACCCUCAAUCCAGCCCUUUGCCGGCCGUAUUGGGGGUAACCAAGCGCUGGUGGCCGAUCCCAACGAUUCUUCCAACCGCUCCCUGCUGGAAAAGGUCCCUGAUGCAGGGCCGUAUAUGCGUCUAUCGCAGAUUCUGGACUUGAGGGGAUUCACCGAUCUCAAUCUAUGGAAGUUUGCUCUUAUAGAAUGCGCAGGCACCAUGAUGCUCUGUUUUAUCACUGCCUGGAUCGGCUUGUCAGGAGCAUCAUCGUCAUCAGCAACAACAACAUCGGCAGCAGGUGUAUUUGCGACGACAGCCUUCCUUGAUCCCCUCGUCGGCGGCAUCACCAACUGGAUCUGGCUGUCGUUGUUUAUCUUCAUCUUCGGCCCUAUCAGCGGCGGUCAUCUCAACCCAACCAUCACCAUGGCCACCUUCUUCGCCCGUCUCAUCUCCCUGCCACGCACAGUGCUCUAUAUCCUCGCCCAGACAGUGGGCGGCACGCUCGCCGGUCUGAUUCUCCACGCCGCCUAUGGAAACGGAGACUUCACCGUCGGCGGGUGUAUUGUUGAGGUGGCCCUUGUGCAGCCCCGGCAGGCCUUUCUGCUCGAGUUCAUGUGCUCGCUGAUCCUCCUCUUUGUGGCCUUUGGCGUCGCGCUCAACCCGCGCCAGGAACAUGUCUAUGGGCCUGGCCAGGCGCCGUGGAUGGUCGGCCUCACGCUGGGAACCUUGAGCUUUGGAUCCGCGUUUUCAUUGACGGGUUAUGCCGGUGCCAGCAUGAAUCCUGCGCGGUGCUUUGGAGUCUACAUCGCGACUGGCUUUCCGGGAUACCAUUGGCUUCACUGGGUAGGACCUUUUGCGGCAGCCGUAGGCCAUGCGAUCAUGUACCAUCUCCUACCGCCGUGGAUAGCAGAGUAG